AUGGCUAAAAUCUCUGGACAAAAUGACAAUCCCUCGGCUGAAAGCAGCAUCUCCAUCACCUUCAAACUAACUAAAGCAAAUGAAGAAUUCCUUCAAUAUGCAAAACUCAGACAAUCUAAGAAUGCCUCUUAUGAAAAAUGGCUGAAAGUAGAUAGAAUAGUGACCUCCUGGAUCCUUCACUCUAUCUCAAAGGAAUUGGCAAAAGCAUUUCUCUAUGCCACCUUUGAAAAGGAGCUGCGGAAAGAGAUCAAUGAGAGAUUCGGUGAAGCAAAUGACUCACUUCUUUAUCAGCUAAGGAAAGAGAUAAGUAGUUUCACCCAAUCAAACAUAUCUUUCACGAUUUACUUUACAAAAUUUAAAAAACUAGGGGAUGAAUUGGCCUCUUUAAGGUUACCAUUCUGUAGUUAUGGUUCUACUAAAACCAUGACUGAUUUUGACAAUGAUGAUAAGCUCAUCCAAUUCCUAAUAGGAUUGAAUGAGAGUUAUGAAUGUGUUAAGGACCAUAUCCUACUUAUGGAUCCUUUGCCAAGCAUAAACAAGGCUUAUACAAUGUUUCUUAGAUUUGAAAAACAAAAGGAUUCACACAACAUUAGUAAUGACUUUAAUACUGCUAUGGCAAUUAGCACACAAAGGAAUUUUAAUGAACCUGCAAGUGAAAAAUUCCUUGCCAAAAGAGGGAAAAUUAAUAGAAGAGAUGAUAGAGUGUGCACUCAUUAUAACACUACUGCGCAUAUGAAGAAAACUUAUUUUAAAAUUUAUGGUUAUCUUGAAUGGUUCUCUAAGUUGAAACAGGAAAAGAAAGGCAAGGCUUUUGUUGCCACUAUAUCACAAACUCUUUAG